GACACACUUGGUGGCAGCGUAUAUAUGCUUCUCCAUGAGAAAUCAUAGUUUCGACGCAAUGGCUAUCAUAGAUCUUGAGAAUCUUACACCUUGGCUCUUUUGGCUCGCUGUCACAGGAUUGGUCUUGUCUGAGCUCUACUUUGCUCUGCAGAGCUCGAGAAUAUCUAAAUUCACUGGCUCUACCGAAUCAAAAUUGAGAUCUGUAAUAAAAGAUUUUAACAAUGGUAGGUUCUACAAACCAUGGGGCACACCUCCAAUCAUCAUCGACGGAGGCAAGAAGAGACUGCUGGAAUUGAGCGACACACCUGUGCUAUCUCAGCGAGCGGUGUAUGCAGAUAUGUUCGGCUUCAAGCAUACCAUGAAUAAGUUCAACCACACCGAGGUCAACAUUAUUAAGUCUCGGCUGUUUGGGAGGGUGCUCAACGUCAAUGGACCAAAUCAAGUUGCACGGUUGUAUCCGGUGCUGCAAAAACGGCUUUCGUCCUUCCUCAAAGACGAGUUGGAGGUUUUGGAUACUCCGGAUUCCCGGACUACUGUAAUUCCCCUGGCCUCCACCGCCAAGGUACUCUCCUCAAGAUUGAUGGCUGUGACCUUCUUUGGGGAAAAUCUUGGAUCAAAUCCUGACUUAGCAGAGGCUCUUCUGCGGCAUCCGAGCCAAACCAUUGCCUGCAUGGGAGCUUUUCAGUUCACUCCUUCUUUCCUAAUGUCGUUGGUUCAUAACAUCAUGACACGAGGGGGUCGGGAGAUGCGCAAAAUUCAAAGCUAUCUUAUGCCUAUCAUCGACCAGGGGGUUGACAGUUGGGAUGAGGCGAAGGGCAUCAAAGAAUCAACAGUCUUUUAUGAUUUGAUUGAACAAUCACAUCCUAACCGUGACUACUGGACUCCAUUCACUCUUUCUCAGUCGAUCCUUGGCCUCUGGCUAGCAGCAUCCCACCAGCCAUGGGUGAAUCUCUAUCAUAUUUUGUAUGAGCUCUGCAUUCGUCCCGAAUGGCAGCAAAUUAUCCGAGAAGAGGUGAUGCAACACGGAGCACUUAAUGACUUCACCAAGCUAAACCAGCUAUCUCUGCUGGAUGGUUUUAUGCGGGAGACUGCCAGACUCAAUUCAUUGGACAAGAUCGCUAUUCGUCGGAAGGCAUUAGAAGACUAUACAUUUUCUGAUGGAUAUACCAAAGUCCCGGCUGGGGCCGUUGUCUGCGUUGACUCAUAUGCUGCUUCCCAUAAUCCCCGAAUUUACCCAAGGCCAGAGACAUUCGACGCUGGCCGCUUUACGAACGGCCAGUCUCAUGAUCAAACUAAUCGGUUCACUGACGUCUCUGAAAAUUACUUGAUUUGGGGCUUUGGAUCAUUGGCAUGUCCCGGUCGGCAUCAUGCGAGUUUGGUUCUGAAAUUGGUGGUCGCGACAUUGCUUGUUGACUAUGAGCUUGAGUUGGACGCAAAGAGGUCUCGUCGGCAUUGGAUGUGGGAAUCGUUCAGCAUCCCGUACAACUCCACACGUCUGGUACUACGUCGUCGUUCCGAACCGACGAGUCACUGGCAGUGAACACUUGACGUUCAAAAUACCUAUGAUUCGUAUCUGCAGAGGAUGAUCCAACACGGUGUCUACUUUUUUUCCUUAAUUCUUCUGUUAUAUCCCACUGAGUCUAUAGUUAUCAUGAUCAUGAGCUGUUCUUUACUCCGUGGGUUAUCCAAACCACAACCCGCUGCUGAUUUCGUUCAAUAUCAUGUAUGCUUCCUAGCCAGUUAGCAUUUAUGUCUUAUCUCCAAUCAUCUUCUGAGAAUAGAAAUGGAUAUACUCCAC